UCUCCUUGUAGUGUAUAGUUAUAAAUAGGGACCUCUUGUAAUGUAUUUAUCAUCCAAUAUCAAUAACAUAUUUUCUCAUGUGCCUUCUCACAGAUUCUAACGAAUAUACACCAUAACAUCCCUUUUGUCCUUUCUUUUUUGGGGAAAGAUAACCCUGAAAAAAGUGAUAUCUUAUUUCAUUAAGAAGUCCUUAAUGUUGGCAAUUAGAUUUCUAGGUUACAAGACUCAAUGGGCUUUAAAUUUGUUGAGAAAGAUGGCAGUUAAAUUCAAUCCUAAAGAAAAUAAUAUACCAUAAGAUUAUUGGAAAGGAGGAGAGCACAUGAAGCUAGUAGAAAUGAUACUAUACUUCCUCUAUCUGAUUUUAUAUGACAAUUAUUAUUGAAUGAUUGAAAAGUUUUUCAUUGAUUACAGUGUUCAAACAUGUUAAAAAUAUCAGUUUCUAAAUUAUCUGGUUCUUUUGUAAUAUAUAAAUUUCAUUGUGAAUAGUCGAAAAAUUAAUGACAAAAAUCACCUCAACAGUUGAAUUUGACCUCUUGCUGUGAACCAUGUCAUUGCUUUUUGGAUGGAGGGAGUAAAAGAUUUCUUAACUUGAUCAAGAGCCUUUAAAAAAAAGGUUCAUGAUUGGGGUUCUCAGUUUAUACAAUGUGAUGUUGUACAAUGAGAUGUAACACGUGUAACCUUAGUGUUUCUGGUUGUGAGGUUUGAGGAGACCUUUCCAUAUGCUGCUUCUUUCAAAAUUUGGCUGAUCAUGCAAUCUGAGGCUUUUAUGGCUAUUCCACAUUAAUUUGUCUCUAGCUGAUUCUUGUUGCUCUCUUUUAAUAUUUCAUUUGAGACGUUCACAUCCUUUUUAGGAUUCUAUAACUGUAGAAUUCUUUGUCUACAGAUUGUUGCAUCUGCCACUCCGUCAAAGGCGAAAAUAUCUGAAGGAUUUAUUUGGUGAUGGCAAAGGAGGUUAUUUCGAGUAUGCGACAGAAAUGACUGUAGAGUCCGAUGAUGAUUGUGCAGAUAACGAAGCCACAUUGGCUAGGAUGAACAGCUUUCUUGAUGAUGCGCUACGUUCUUCUUGUGAAGGAAUCAUGGUGAAAUCCCUUGAUAUAGAUGCUGGGUACACACCAUCAAAGCGCACUGAUGCAUGGUUAAAGGUCAAGAGAGACUACGUGGAAGGACUAAGUGAUUCCUUGGACUUGGUUCCGAUUGGUGCUUGGUAUGGGAAUGGAAGGAAAGCAGGAUGGUAUAGUCCUUUCCUUAUGGGCUGCUACAACCCUGACACUGAGGAAUUCCAGAGUGUCUGCCGGGUCAUGUCUGGGUUUUCUGAUUCAUUCUACAUAGAGGCGAGUUCAAUAACGAUAUAACUUGAUUACCAUGUUCUACAUCUUAGUCUUGGACAUGUAGAUACUAGUAUUGGCAUUCUGGUGAACAAACUCUCCUUU